AUGCAAAGGUUUUCGGAAUAUGUGCAGUGGCUGGACUCGUGCCUGUUCGCCUCGGCCCCACACAGCCGCACUAGCAUUGAACCCCUGUCAUAUAAGAAAAUAACUCAACUGGAUUUCAUCAAAAGCCUUCGUGGCGUAGUUGGUUACCGCGUUGGUCUCAUAUAA